CUCAUUGGAUAUGCAUUUUCUAAUCAUAAAUUAGCCUACCAUCUACGAAGACAGAAUGUCACAAGAUACGAGUUUGCCUCAGAAGCCCAGCUUGACAGGAGUGAGUACCGACAUGGACGAUGAUUGUCAUCAUCAUGGAAGUUACUUCUCGCUUGGCGGCAAUGAAAAGAGUGUUGUGGAAAUGCCGGCUUUACCAGCCUGGAUGAUCAACACCCCUAUGCACAGCAAGCUACCAGUAAUCGACGCACCGAAGGGCAAGUAUGUUCUCUUCACAACAGGACUUUGCGAGAAGCUUGACUGUUCAUCUAGCAGUUUGGAUUUCGACGCUAGUCCACAGACCAUCUCAGUCGAAUACAAAAGCCUACACGAUCCUCAUCUUAAGUGGCAUUACAAUAGCACUGCUGUCUAUAAACGCCUUGUCAAAAAUGGUUUCAUCACAUCUGACGGGAAGGUAAUAUGUACAUUAAAAGAAUUCAACGACUAUCACCAGUAUCUGAAGCAGAUCCGCCUCUCAAAGAUCAAACAGGAACGGAAACGCAUGUUGGAAGAAAAACAGAAAGAGAAAAGAAAGAUUGGAGUUAAGAAUAAAGAAAAUGAAAAUAUCCGGGACAUUCGAACUAGAAAUGCAAGAGAGAGGAAGAAGAAACAAGAAGAAGACAAAGAAGCUAGACUUAAUGAAAUGUUAAGUAUUGAGACAUUGAGGUUCAUCCGCCUAGAGGAAAAAAUUAGAUUGAAGCAAAAACAUCAGAAAACCUCGAUGAAAAUGGCUCAGGAGAGAAGGAAUGAAUUAAAGGCACAGCAAAUCAUAGAGGAAAAGAAGCGGAAAACUAAAUUUAUAAGAAAAAGAAGCAUUGAGGAUAAAAGAAGAUCAGAGAAACUGGAACGAAGUCAUUGCACAAAGCGGGAGGAGAGAGAGGCAAAGCUUGAGAAAAAAUGGAUCUUACGCGAACGGCUUCAUGAAAUGCGACUGCUCAGCGAAACAGAAGAAAGAAAGGCAAGACAACUCAUUAUGGCAAAAAAUAUAUCUGAAAGGGAAGCCUUGGUGGAACAAAUGAGGACUCGUCAAAGAGGCGUUUUUAAAAAGAUUCAAGAGGAUCGAGUAAAUCAAUUAAAAGCAAGAGAACAGCUGCUUUCAAAGGCUCUAGAUAUAAAGUUAAAAAAGAUACAGGAAAGGUUUCAGAAACGUAACCAAAAAGUACCCAGACCAAAAGCCGCAAACUCUUCACGUAGAUCUCGCUUUUCAAGUACUUGGAGUUUAGAAAGGACUCUUAAAUCACAUGACUUACAACCGUGUGACGAUUCGUGGAUUCAAAAACUGAAGGGUGUAAAAUGUGACGAAACAGCGGACGCAACUGAGCCGGAAGAUAUUCAACCAAUGGAGAGUCAUGGUAUAAUUUCAAAAACUUCCACACAGAGUUCUGUCAGCAGCACACGAGCAGAUAUUUCAGUAACUGAUGUUGAUUCUCGAAAAGCGUCUGUGACUGGCUUCUACACAGUAGCAACAGGAAUGACUGAGGAAUCUCCCAAACACCUACCUAAGAGUGUCGAUUCCAUAGCGAGAGGUCUUAUCUGCGACGUCCUGCAGACUGUAGCCGAAGAGGAAGGAUAUGACGGGUAUUAUCUUAGCCCACGAAUAUCACCAGCCGAAAGCGACAAUGACGUCGUUAACAGAUCUUUCGUCAGAGCAAAGACUACAGACGGUGGGUCAGAUGGAGAGGACGACUGGUACGCAGCGGCAAACAACAUCGUUGGCCAGGCUAUUGAUGGUGCCAUUGGGUUUCUUGAGAACAACCCUGAAUUGAUAGAAUCUUCACAGAGUGGGACCUUAUCCGCAGCUAGUGAAGCUCGAGAUAACAUCCGACGUCAGAGUAUAAUCUUGUCUUCUGUAAUCAAUAUGAUGGACGAUACUGGCUUAGAUCUCCAUUAUGUCUCAUCUUCAGAAGACAAUGCUACUGAUGAUGAGGAUGAGGGUGAUGAUGACGUCAUUGGUAUAAUUGACAAUACGGGAUCAUCUACAAAUGGAGACGGUGAUUGGCAGGUAGAGGACAGGCCAGAACAGUCUCCAGUUCCAUCAGCUAACAACACAUGUAGGCCUAUCGGUUCACGGCGAAGAUCGAUCAAUGAGGCCAUUCUGGCACCAGACACUCUUCGUGGGUUCCAUGAAUUAGAAGCCGAUCGAGCCACAUCAUCUCUGCAAGCUCUGCGAUUGGGAGGUAGUAUGAGGAGAUUGGCUAUUGAAGAACGAAGCAUACAAAGACGUCAUACAGUACCAGACAUUGUUCCAAUUUUUAAUGAUGUACAAUUGAAUAUUGACAAGAAUACCAUUGAUUCCAACUUGUGUGCAAUUUCCGUCAAACCGAACACAUUUAGUCAAGUGGCGCAUACACCAAUUGAAAGAAACUCUUUUCGUAACAUCUUUAAACCUGAUAUGACACUUUGUAAAGGCACGGCUGACGCUCUUAGGGGAGUUUUGACUCAGCAGCUAUCUCAACGCAGAGCGUCCCUUAGAAGUGGAGAUAUUGAACAUGCUUGUGAUGUCCUUGUUGAAAAUCCUGACGAAGAAUCUCAUCAUCAGGAAGACGUCGUUUCAGUUGAAGAAACUGGUGGGUUCUGUUAUUUGCCUAAACGGACACAUUAUCGACAUUCCAAAUUAGACGAGAUAUCCGAGAAAGUGACUGAAGAAGCAAUCGAAGAGGAAGACAAAACACAGGAAAUCAGUGACGAAGAACUAGAAAUAUUUGCCCAGCAAAUGGUUGCUGAUGUUUUAAACAAAUUGAAAAAUGAGGUAGCAAUGGCUAAUCAAACUGCAAGCAAUGAAGGUGAAAAUAAUUUUCAAUUUCGCUUCGGUGAUGAUGGUGUACGGCACACAAAUCACGAAGUUCACACUGAGGUCAUCAAUGGAACUGAUGAUAAGCCAGUUGUUGUUGUAACUACAGUGUCUGCACGCAAAAAUGUUAAUGAUGUUGAGUGGUAUGAAGAAUGGCUUCCUGGUCCAGAUGAUAUUCAGAAUAGAAAGUCUGUAGACAGCAGAACAUCUAAGAGGACCAAGUCAAGAGAACAUUCAACAAUAGCUCGAAGUAGCAAAAAAAAGAGAAAUACUUCAAGCACCAGCCGUCUCAGUAAACGAAGCACCAGUGCUAAAUCCUUUAAAGAAGCAUUGAGAAGCAACAGCAGUAAGACUCGUGUAGUGUCAUCGGAACCGAUUAAGGCUACUGCCUUGACUUCUGAUGAAUCAGGUUCUUCGGUCAAUUCACGGGUCAGACGAAGGUCGGAGAGCUUUAUUUCUCGGUUUGUGUCAUCCGUCAGAGAUUUUUUCACGUCUAGUAAACAUAAAGCUGAAGCGGAGGACGAUGAAAUAACUGUAUUAGGUGAUGCUUCUUCUGAUAUUCUUAAGGAUUGUAGAAUCAAAUCAGAGGAAAUCAUUGAGACCAUAAUUUGUGAUUCCAAAGAAGGGACGCCGUCCAUCCACAAUGAUUUUGAAAGUAUUCAUAGCGAGAAAGAUGCCAAAGAGUGUACCGAAGUUAAAUCUGAAUCUGCAUCAAAUGAACAGUCACGUAAACAAGAGGUCAAUGGCAUAUUGACGAAACAUCCGUCACAAGUUUCUGAACUUGGUGUCAAUAAACGAGCAUCUGAUUUUCCAAAGGUCGGACACAAGGAAGCAGUUGUAUCUGAGUCUGGCGCUGUGAAAAAUGGAACAAUGUCACCUGGAAAUAAUGAUCAAACACAGGAGCAAUCCGCCGACUCAAAACCGAAUUUGAACGACGACAGUCGAAUAAGCGAGUCCUCAAAAACCUCAUGUAUUUCUGUUGUCGGUACCAAAAAUGAAAUUACAACAGAGGAUGCCGAUGCAAUACGCAACGCACUACAGCCAAGCCAAAAUAUAGAGACCACUAAACCGUCGAAGACACCACCAUCUUCAUCAGCGAGACUGAAAGAAGAGGAAUGUAGUCAGGUAGAGGGUAAACCUUCACAGCAAUUAAGUACACCCAGACCCCCUUCCAAAAAGCGUGAGACCGCAUCCUCUUCUUCACUGCGACGCUCAGUUGGCCAAGGGUCAUCCCAUAGGAAAGUUAAAUCGGAAGUCACUGCGAUGACAGAAAAGGUCACGUCUUCAAGAAAUUCUUACACUCGCCAACACAGUGUGCCCAAUAUUAAGAGAGAUCGGAGAGAUUCAGAUUCUAACAAGAAAGAAAGUCACUUUCAAAGUUUCUCUUCACAUGUUCCAAACAACAUUGGUAAUGUAGCAAGUGAAAAUAUACCUCUGAGGUCAAGAAAAAGUUCAAGUAGAAGGUCGUCGUAUGCGUCGAGUGAUGACGGAGUAAGAAAGCUAAGUAUGAAAGGACCUGGUGCAUGUAGUAAUACAAAGAAAUCCAGCAAUCAUCGAGGAAGUGCGCUCAGUAAUUCCGUUCAGUCUAGAACAUCACUGCAUAACAAUGCUGAAGGAUCCCAUUUGGAUAUCAAAAAGACAUCAAAAGAUGGAGUAAAUGUCAAACAGAAUAAAAAUGAUUCAUCCACUGGUUUUCAAUCUGGUAAAAGUAGUCAAGGGAGCGCGCUGACUUGUAAGGUUCGAACACGAAAGUCAUUGGAAAGUACCCAUAUUGAAGGACCCACCUUUGAUGUCAAGACCACAUCUGAAAGUGGAGUAAACAAUAUAAACGAUAAAAAUUCAGUCAUUUGCCAUUCUACAAAAAGUCUCCGAGAGAGUGCAUCCAAUAGAAGUACCGUUGAAUCUCGAAAGUCAUCGAACCAUAGGCCUACCCAUUCUGAAAGACCAGACAAUGAUGGCAAAAAACCACCUAAAGAUGAUGUAAAUACCACAAACGUCAAAAAGGAUUCAUCAACUAGUUGUCUAUCUAAGAAAAGUCAAAUUCUAGCUAUAGAAACGGAGACUGUAACAAAUUCAACUGAACUAGAUGUUAGUGAAUCACUCAACAAAAAACCCGUUCCAUCACUAACUUUGGCAUCAAUCACAAAAGUUUCCGACACGGCAGUAAAAGGUAUGGAAGAAAGUAACUUUCAAAAAAAGUCAGAGGAACUGGGUACAGCAACUAUAGAUAACUCAACUGCACAAAAAGUGGAAAAUGUUGGAUCAACUUCAUCAGCUACUAAGUCACCAUCUGGUCGUCUACUGAGUCGACCACAGUCCGAUGAAAACAGGUUACGCCUUGUUAGCGAAGCUGAUAUUGCUUCAUCUGAAAUCACAAAUUCCGUUCUAUCUACAGUUAGCAAUCUUCCGGAGAUAUCUCAGCAAAGUUCGGCGGAAAUCGUAUUAAACACACUGACUGAUGAAAGUAAAUCUCUUGAUGCUCUGGAGCAGGAUCGUCCAAAGGCUCCGGAACCACCUAUAUCAGGAAGUGCUUCGCCACUAUUCGUGAACCAAGAUUCUUUAGUAGCUAUCUCUCCAAAGCAAUCAGCACCAUAGUAAAAAUUGAAGUCUGUGCUUUCGUAAAAAUCGGUGGUUAUUAUUUCUAGGAUUUAAACAAUUAAAUAUGCGGUAUCGACUAAAAAUCGAGUGUGCUUUUGAUUUUUUUUCUCUACUGAGAAUGCAACAGGACAAACAGGUGCA